GGCAGAAGUGUGUGGACAAAUACUCUGCAAGCACAUUGGAUUUGAGUUUGAAACAAAUGUUGGAAAUAUGACUUGCUCAGAGGAAGCAGAGGCACAAUUAGCAGAGAUAGAUCUGCUAUUAAGCAUGUUUCCAAGUGAAGAAGAGUUACAAGUGGACGAGCUCUCCCAUGCAGAGCUCAGGGCUUACGUGGAGGGCUCCGCUCACACUCCCCCCAGUUCCAGACCCCAAUUCAACAUCAAGCUGAAGGUGGAGAACCUUGCAGUGAGCAUUACGUUGUUGUGCACUUAUCCAGCUGACUACCCGAAAGUGUUGCCAGAUAUCACUGUCAGAUGUUCUGAGAUCAGUAGAUCACAGCAGAUGCUGCUUCACUCCAACCUCAACACCUACCUAUCUGAAAACUGCAGUGGUGAUGUGUGUAUUCUGUCCGCUGUGCAGUGGAUCAAUGAAAAUGCACAAGCAUAUAUCAGUAAAAGUGCCCCUGUCCGUGAUCCCAAGAAGGAAAAUGUUUCAAUACAGUCAAAAGAGACCUUCACUAGACUCUGGAUCUACAGCCAUCAUAUCUACAACAAGAUGAAGAGGAAGAACAUUCUGGAAUGGGCCAAGGAGCUGAACCUGUCUGGGUUUAGUAUGCCGGGAAAGCCUGGUAUUGUGUGUGUGGAGGGUCUGCAGUCUGCUUGCGAUGAGUUCUGGGCCAGGGUGAAAGUUUUAACAUGGAAAAGAAUUAUGAUUCGACACAGAGAGGAUGUCCCUUUGGAAAAUGGCUCGAUGGAGGAGAGAACUGACUCCCUUCGCAAGUUCACUGGAUUUCAUGAAGCCAUUUUUGACCCUCACGGGACCAGAGGAAACCACAUGGACCUUGGACAGCUUUAUCAGUUCCUCAAUGACAAAGGAUGUGCUGAUAUCUUUCAAAUGUACUUUGGGAUUGAGGGAAGAUAAUAGUUUGUCUGUCUGUUUUUUCAGCGGUGUUGACUCUGGAAGUAUUUUUUCCAUUAUUUUUUCCUUUUGGGACUUUUAAAAAGUUUCUGUUAAAGUAUUAUGAGCAAUGAACCAAACCAACCAGCUAUGAGGUGAAUUGUAACGUCGCAAAUCGCUUUAAUUUUAAUCAAAAAAGGUAUUUGAAAAAUGGACAAAAUGCAAAGGUACAAUAAUGUACUUAACUGCUAUUGAGAAGAAAAGAACUACAAUCCCACGAAGCAUUAUGAACAAAUAUUUAAGUAUAUUUUGUGCAUAUAGCGAGGCUGACUUGAUUACAUCCUUCAGUGCUUCAUGGCAGUGAGCAGAGCUAAAAAGCUCUUUCGGCGUGUUUUGCUUGUCGCGGCUCUCUGAUUGGUGGAAUUUUCUGAACAGAAAUCACCCUGAAAUUAUGGGUAAUGUAGUUUUUCCACCACAAAAUCCACUGUUAAACACGAUUAUUUUAGAAAUAAUUAUUUUAGAUACUGGUUGCAAUAUUGCAGGAUGAUGGCUUCAACAGAAGCAAUAACUUUCUAUUAACAAUGUUUUUGCUCACAGUAGAGCUGUUUUUUAUAAGUUUACGCCAAAAAUCAAUUUUCCAAUGGAUAUUUCUUACUUCCAUAACCUGACUGUUGCCCUCGAUUGCAAGGACUCUGGAGAUCACUCAAAUGAACAAUUGAUGAAGUUGGGCUUGCUGAAUAUUAGAUCCCUUUCUACUAAAGCGCUUGUUAAUUGUUAAUAAUAGGAUCACAGAUCACAUGUGCUCAGUUGGACAGCUAAUGUGCCCCGUACCCGAGUACUGCCAAAUUUACUGCUCCACCCAUUUAUGCAUCUCUCUGCACCUCCUGCUAACUUAAACUAGCAGGCGUAGACACCCAUUAAUGUAGACAUGUUAAUUACCAUAUGUAAAUAGUCACAGACCCUGACCCAUCAACAUUGUACAUACCGGAAUUAAUUUUAUGUGUAUCAGACGCCCUUAUGACACAGCAGUUUUGACUCUCCGGAUCUUUAUCCUUCCUCACGAAGGUCCAUCUACUUCAACGUGCCCAUUUGAUUCUUCCUCUUAAUCAAAAGAUUCCUCAAGGAAAUUAAUUAUUAAGAAACAAGCAACCAUUGUAUUCUGAAGGCAUAUUGUUAUACUCUAUUAUACAGCGAGUAUUUGUUGUAAAGAAGUUGUGUAAAGAUGGUACUGUAGCUGAAGGUUGGAGAAAGGCAAUUUCUGUCCUUUAGAGAAAUCCCUUUUAUUGUAUGUGUAAUAAAUUCAGACUCAGAUUAUGUAAAAAAUAAACUUUAUUUGAAA